UCUUCCUCAGCAAAAAUAAAUAAAUCAAUAAACAAAAAUUGCAUCUCAUUUAUGCACCUAAGAAGACCCACUUUCACUUCAAAAACUCAACCCAAUUUUGCUUUAUACACAUAUCUAAAUUGUUAUAAAAGAUCUAUUACUGAAUACCCGAGUAUAAAAAUAUUUUUAAAUCUUUUAAAAUUCAGUAAUGAAAAUAGUUAAUAGAAAUCUAAGGUGACUCUUUUGGAAAGGGAAAAUUUCUCUUGAAUGAUAAUAAUCAACAUGCAUUGAACACUUACUGUACACCAGUCUCUUUUCUAAGCACUUUACAUGUAUUUAUUCCUCUGAUCUUAAAAACAGCCCUAUAAGGUGGCCACUAUUAUUAUCCCUAUUUUUAUGGAUAAUUUUAUAGGUAAAGAAACUGAAGCAAAGAAAUUUUUAGUGACUUGCCCAAGGUCACCCAGGUAGACUGUAGCAGAACAGGGAUCCAAACGAACCCUGAGGCCCCACAGCCCUCAAGUAUGAGCCCUGUCCUUUUAAUGUAGCUGCAUAUUUUCUUCUCAACUUGUGUGUUUAUUUCCAGAAAAGCUCUAAGUGGUAGAAUCAUGCUGUCUCAUUUAUAACAAAGCCACCCAUAUUAGGAAAGGGAGGUGGGGUGGAAAGAAAAAUAAUUCUAUACGCUUAUUAUUUGUAAAGUAGUUUUCUUAAUAUUGCGAGCUAUAUUUUCAUUUUCUUUUAAAAGUCUUUGAUGUUUUCACAGUUAUAAAAAUACUACAAACUUCAUAAAAAUUCAGGCAGUAUUGUCACAUAAAGCCCAUAUUCAUAACAUCACACUAUCCUCCUUAAGCAAAUAAUUCCCUAUUAUUCUGUUUUAUUAUAUGCAUAAAAUUAAGUCAUUCUGAACCUAAAACACAAAAAAAUACAUAAUGAGAAAUUUGGGAUUAGUAUUGCUUAGUUGCUGAACCCAUUUCCUUCCUUGGUGCUUUUUGGAUGGGUUCGUUUAAGUCUGGUUGGAUAUCGUUUCUAGGCAGCAUUGAUUUUCCCUGUUGACUCUGCAACCCUCUUACUGUUACCAUUGAGUGACUACUCCUGCACGUUCUGUGCUUACAAAAGCCCGAAGCUAUAACUGCCACCACCCCACCUGCAGGCUUUGGAAGGCCCACAGUGAGGGGGAGGCAAACUGCACGGCCUCUGGGGGCCAGAAGGGGCGUGGCAAUCUGAACACACUGUGUGGAUGGUGGGGCCUGGAGGACACGGGGAGGCAUGCUCUGUCUAGGGGGCAGCUGGCUCCUCGGCGCCAGCUGGUUGUCAUAUCACAUGGGAAUGUCAGUUCAGGAGGUUCACCUUGUUUGUUUUUUUAAAGAGAGCUAGAUAUCUAGAUUUCUGUGAGGAUUUUCCCAUUCAAAAGAAGUUGGCCUAAGUUUAUAAAACACUCUGUUAGCCGAACAAAACACAUGAGUUUGUGGCCUCUGGCCUAAAAGCAGUCAGGAGCAGCUGGGCCUGCCGCCCUCUGGAGAGGGAGAGCUGGGGGUUCCUUUCCUUGGGGCUUUGCAGGUGGCUGAGUUAAGGUUACAGGUGACACUUGGCAGAUACCUAAGGGUCUCAAAUCAUUCCAUCUUCUCCUAUUCUUCUCUUCCAUUGGGCUAACCUGAGAAUAAAUACCAUUUCCUCCCACUCUUUUAGGAUCUCCUUUCUUGCUUUCAAUCUGGAAGAUGCGUGAUUCGAGCUUUAAGAUCACCAUCAUUUCCAUGAAGAGCUGAACUUAAUUUUUCCCAUGGAUUAAGCGCUAUCAAUUAGAUACUUCAUAAGACGUAUAUUCUGAUUUUCUGAGUCCUUGUUUCUUGGUUUGAAAUCCUCCCCACCAUCCCCACCAGCCAGAUGGAAUCAGCAUCUUUGCUUGGGCUGCAGGAAUCCGAUCAGGCAACAGGCUCUGGAUAAACUCUACACGAACAGCCAGGGUAGAGAGACCAGAAGUGGCUGCUCUUGUGUAAUCUCACACAAGUGUCAGUAUCUGUUGCCAAAUACUGAAAGGGAAGCUGGUUGCAGCUGAUCGUCAUAAAAGCACUUGCAGCUUUGGAGGCCAAGGAAGCAAGGCCACCUGAUAAAUGCGUGUGUGGAAAGGAUGCACGAGCCAUCAGCCCUUGUAAGGUUCUGGUCGGCCCUGCUGAUUGCACUGGGCUCUCUCUGCCCUAGAGGUUCAGCAUGUGGCGUUUCAACACACAUAGAAAUAGGACACAGAGCUCUGGAAUUUCUCCACCUUCAAGAUGGGAGUGUUAACUACAAAGAGCUGUUACUUGAACACCAGGAUGCAUAUCAGGCUGGAUCUGUGUUUCCUGAUGCGUUUUACCCCAGCAUCUGUGAAGGAGGAAAAUUCCAUGACGUGUCUGAGAGCACGCACUGGACUCCAUUUCUUAAUGCGAGCGUUCAUUAUAUCCGAGAGAACUACCCCCUUCCUUGGGAGAAGGACACAGAGAAACUGGUAGCUUUCUUGUUUGGAAUUACCUCUCACAUGGUGGCCGAUGUCAGCUGGCAUAGCCUGGGUAUCGAACAAGGAUUCCUCAGGACCAUGGGAAAUAUUGAUUUUCAUGGCUCCUUUCCUGAGGCGCAUUCGGCUGGUGAUUUUGGAGGAGAUGUAUUGAGCCAAUUUGAGUUUAAUUUUAAUUACCUCUCACGGCACUGGUAUGUGCCCACUGAAGAUCUACUGGAAAUUUAUAAGAAACUCUAUGGCCGAGAAGUCAUCACGAAAAAUGCAAUUGUUGACUGUUCAUACCUUCAAUUCCUGGAAAUGUAUGGUGAGAUGCUAGCUAUUUCCAAGCUUUAUCCCACUUAUUCUAGAAAGUCACCAUUUUUGGUGGAACAAUUCCAAGAAUAUUUCCUUGGAGGACUGGAUGAUAUGGCGUUUUGGUCCACUAAAAUUUACCAUCUCACGAGCUUCAUGUUAGAGAAUGGGACCAGUGACUGCAACCUCCCUGAGAACCCUCUGUUCAUUGUGUGCGGUGGCCGGCGAUCCAGCACCCGGGGCUCAAAAGUACAGAAAAAUUAUUUUCAUAGGAAUUUGACUGUAUCCCUCACUAAAGAUAUUAGAAAAAAUAUCAACUACACCGAAAGAGGAGUGUUAUUCACCGUGAAUUCCUGGAUCUCGGAUUCCCCCCUAUCCUUCAUGUACCAGGCUCUGGAGAGGAACAUCCAGAUAAUGUUUCCAGGCAGCUCUCACCAGCCAUCGAAGCACAUCUCUAGCCCGCUGGCAUCUUACUUCUUGUCACUUCCCUAUGCGAGGCUUGGUUGGGCAAUGACCUCAGCUGACCUCAACCAGGAUGGGUAUGGGGACCUGGUGGUGGGUGCCCCAGGCUACAGCCGCCCCGGCCACAUCCAGAUCGGGCGAGUGUACCUCCUCUAUGGCAACGACCUGGGCCUGCCCCCCAUCGACCUGGACCUGGACCAGGAGGCCCAUGGGAUCCUGGAGGGCUUCGAGCCCUCAGGUCGUUUUGGCUCAGCCUUGGCCGUGUUGGACUUUAACCAGGACGGCACGCCUGACCUGGCCGUGGGAGCCCCCUCGGUGGGCUCCGAGAAGCUCACGUACAAAGGUGCAGUGUACAUUUACUUCGGUUCCAAACAAGGAAGAAUGUCGUCUUCCCCCAACAUCACCAUCUCUUGCCAGGACGUCUACUGCAACUUGGGCUGGACACUCCUGGCUGCAGAUGUGAAUGGAGACAGCGAGCCCGAUCUGGUGAUUGGCUCCCCUUUUGCACCAGGUGGCGGGAGACAGAAGGGAAUCGUGGCUGCAUUUUAUUCUGGCCCCAGCCAGAGCAACAAAGAACAGCUGAAUGUGGAGGCAGCCAAUUGGAUGGUGAGAGGUGAGGACGACUUUGCCUGGCUAGGGUACUCCCUUCACGGUGUCCUUGUGAACAACAAAACUUUGCUGUUGGUUGGGAGCCCGACCUGGAAGAAUGCUAGCAGUCUGGGCCAUUUGUUCCGCACUCGUGAUGAGAAACAGAGCCUCGGAAGGGUGUAUGGCUAUUUCCCACCAAAUUGCCAAAGCUGGUUUACCAUUUCUGGAGACAAGGCAAUGGGGAAACUGGGUACUUCCCUGUCAAGUGGCCACAUAAUGGUGAAUGGGACCCGGACACAAGUGCUGCUGGUUGGAGCCCCAACUCAUGAUGAUGUGUCUAAAAUGGCAUUCCUGACCAUGACCUUGCACCAAGGGGGAACCACUCGGAUGUAUGAGCUGACACUUGACUCACAGCCUUCUCUGCUCAGCACCUUCAGUGGAGACCGCCGCUUCUCUCGAUUUGGUGGAGUUCUGCACUUGAGUGACCUGGAUAAUGAUGGCUUAGAUGAAAUCAUCAUGGCGGCCCCACUGAGGAUAGCAGAUUUAACCUCUGGACUCAUUGGGGGAGAAGAUGGCCGCAUUUAUGUAUACAAUGGCAAACAGACCACCUUUGGCGACAUGACCGGCAAAUGCAAGUCAUGGAUAGCUCCAUGUCCAGAAGAAAAGGCCCAAUACGUAUUGAUUUCUCCUGAAGCAGGCUCAAGGUUUGGGAGCUCUGUGAUCACCGUGAGAUCAAAGGAAAAGAACCAAGUUGUCAUUGCUGCUGGAAGGAGUUCUUUGGGAGCCAGACUCUCGGGGGCGCUUCAUAUCUAUAGCCUUGGUUUAGAUUAAAGAUUUCACUUGGCUUUCCUAACCUGCCCUGCCCUCUCUCAUGCCUAGUCAUCUCCAGGGUGAGCCUUCUGGUAGAGAAAGUGACACAUCCAGCAGAGCCUUGCUCCAUCCUACUAGAUAGAGGGUGGUUCCCGAGAGUGGAGACACACAUGCUAACAGCCAGACUAUCUGGAAAUACAGUAAAUUAUGACCACAUCAGAAGUAUGCUUCCCAAGUUCGCUUCCUUUGCAUCUAAACCUUUCUUCUUGCCUAACUUACCGCCUGUGCUCAGCCCUGCUGUACAACCACUUCCUCUCCCACGGGAACACCUAUGUCUUUCUGAUGCCUGGAGAGGCUUCACUGUGCUUACCUCUUAGGAAAACCUCUGUACACAAUUCUCCUAAAAAUGUCCUUUUAAAAUUGGUGAUCCAUUCCAAUCAAAGUGAAUAGAAAGCAUGUUACACAGGAGAAAAAAAUUGGAGAACAGUACAGUGAGGAGAAAAGUAUGGGAGGGAUACCCUCACAACUGCAAAAUCCCUUGUUGUGAAUGAUUUGGCCCUGGCUUAAUGAGGAUUAUUACAUUUCCAAUGUUUCAUAUGGUGAAGGGCAAAGAGAAGAACUAAAACCCUAUCACCUUUCUUUCUGUGCCCUCCAACGCUUUUGUAGAAGUGGCUGUUGUAACAGCUGACAAACCUAGUGACUCUCCACUAGUUCUGUCAUCCACGAGGAGCCUGUGUUGCAUUAGGGUGGCGCAUGUUGUGCCAACAGAACUAGCGCAGAAAGGAGAGAUCUGGCCUAAGACAAAGGGACUGGGUAAGGGAGGGACCGCGAGGAGUGACGCAGGCCGCGGCUUCUCUCGUUCCUGGGCUGGUUCUGGGAGGUGGAUGUCACCUGCCAGCCCUGCAGUGCGGCGUAUAGGGGAAAGGAAUGGACUGCAGUGUUUCAGCUUCACUAAGAAUCUGCAGGCAUUAUUAUCUGGAAACAGUACGUAGUUGAUUCUGUAUCAAUCGGGGAAAAACCUCUUUCUUCUGACACUAGUGAAAUGAUACUAAAAGCAGGAGAAAAUAACAGACAAUGAGAACCCUUCUCAGCUUCUCCAGAGGCAGAGUAGAGACUGGUCAAAGGAGACAGGAAUCCAGCUGAAGAGUAAGGUUAAAUAAGAAAUCAAGAGAAAGCUACUAGAGUUAGAACUGUGAGCAUAAGGUGAGUAUACAUAGGAGAAGAUACCAGGCACAGGCCUAGCGAGCACCCCCUGACCACUCCCAGGACGGCCUCAUCUUUCUUACAGAGGUAUGCUAGCUGCACAGUUCCCUAUGGCACAGCAAAAAGUACACAGAAACACCUUGGUCUUGUUUGGGUAACAAUUAUUGACAGCUCAAGCUAUUUGAAGAAUUAUUUUUAACUAACAGGAUGUUUAUUUUUAGGGGACCAGAAAUUACUUAGCUGUACUCACUUAUGAGUUGAGAAGUCAGAGUA